UUUUUGUUUUUGUUUGUAUCAUGAAUGAAAACUCUUCCUUUCUUUUAUUUUGAGAGUUUACUUCAUGUGAAGACUUGAGAACAAAAGUGCCACAAAUUUUUAGAGGGAAGUGUACGAAAAAAGGGGGAGGGGUGUUGUAACACAGUCACAGGCACUUGUUUUGGCAAGCCAGUGACAGUGGCCGAUCCAGCAUUUUUCUUAGGUGCCAACUGACUGCUUAAGAGGGGCACGCUUCUGUCAUGUUUCAGUGAUUCCCUAUAUGAGAGUUGUUAUGUCCUUUACCGUCAGGCGUCAAACAGUCAAAUGCAUGACUUUCAAUCGCAUCACAUGCACGUGAAUGUUAAAAUACUAUCAUGACUAUGGUACAGAAAUAACAACAAACUGCAGGAUAAUCAAGGAAGCAGAUGAAGAUAGUAUGGAAGGAAAAAAGGAAUUAAGUGAGAAAUAUCUGAAAUAUCUAGCAUUAAAGAAACAGAUAGAGAAGAAGGAAAAGAAAUUACAGAAAUUCAAUAGGGUUUUGGAAGCAAAAGAUCAUGUAAAGAAAAAACUAAAAGAAUGCAACCAGCCAGAAGAAAAUGGGCGGUUAAUACAAAGUGAAGGCACAAGUCAUGACACUGGUAGACAGGAUACAAUUACAAAUAAUGUUUCGUCAAAAAAAUCUUCACCUAAAAAGUAUUCACUACCUAAACAAAUUCAAAUAUCAGAGACAAAGUCACCAAUUGAUACUAGGGAAACAGCUACUUCAAAAUUAUUGGAUAAUUCUGUCACUCCCAACAUAAAGAAAACUUCACUUGAAUCUCAAAUAAAAAAGGAUAAAAUUCACCCAAGUAUUCCUGCUUACAAACGUGAAUCUGAUUGUUCUGGAUUUGAAUCUUCUGUACUGCAAAUUAGAAAAGACUCCAGGAACAAUCAUGACAAUGACAUUGAUAUUACUACAUGCCAUGAACAAGAAGGGAAAGGGAAAGGGCAAGACACAGAUAUUAUUGGUCAGUCUGAGGAAUCGCCUAUUUUGAUUUGUGAUUCCCAACCAGCUUCAACACCAUUGUCAACAGACACUUCACAGAAUUCUGCACCAGGAAGUAAGAGGAGAUUAUCACUGAAAAGGAAGAAAAAUCUAAAUUCUAAAUCAGAGUUUGAUUUAAGCAAAAAAUCAAAACCUGAUGACGGAAGCUUAAAUCUUGGUCAAGGUGAUGAGAAACAAAUGUCUGUGGACAGUAUAAGCAAAAUUAAACAUAAAAAUAAAAACCAAGAGAAAGAGAAUGUGGUUAACCACACAGAAACAGCUGAUGCAUCAGAAAUCAGUGAAAAUGCAAGUCAGUCUUUGCUGGGUACUCAAGUCAAAAAUAGUUCAGAAUUCAAAUUAAAAGAUGGAUAUAACUUGUCAUCUCAGGAACUUUUUGAAUGUUCACAAACACAGGGUUCCAUGAAACAAAAAAGAAAGGGGAGAUCUACAAAAAUAAAUAAGGAACAAGUGGAUUUGGUCCCAGAGUUGAAAAUUACUCAAACAAAAGGAAAUGAUAUUCCAAUUAACAAUGAGGAUGAGAUUUCUCAGGAAACUAUAAUUGAAUGUACUCCAGAUGUAAGACUAGCCGUUGAUUUGGACAAAGCUUUUGUCUUGGAUACAACUGACACAGCUGUUAACGACAAAUUGUUAUAUACAUGUAGUACAAAGGCAGCCAUAUUGAUUGAUAAUGAUGAGUCAUCUGUAAAAACUAUAAGUAUGAGUAGUAGCAAUACCCAGUCAUCAUCUCAAGAUUCCUUGAUGGGUCAUACACAGGAAAACUCACAACCACGAAGACGUGGUAGACCAUCUAAAUCAAAAAGAAAUAGGCAGAAUAAAACAGCUUUGCCCACCAGGGUUAACUUUCCUGAAAAGAACAAAAAUGGUGAUGAAAAGUUGCAAACAGCUGAGAACCAGAGUGUCAUAGAGCUGAAGGAGAAUAUUGGAAAUUGUAAAGCGUUAAAUAAGCACUCAAGUCAAGACACUGUUAUUGAAUGCACACCUGAUAUUCCUUUGAACAAAGAACUGCAUCAUGGGAUUGCAAUGAAUGGUCAACAAGUAAUAGACCAUAAAGAACAAAAUUUAGUUGACUUGAAUCCAAAUUCUGAAACAAAUUAUGAAGACAUAGAGAUGAAAGAAAUUACAUUUAAUAAAUUAGAGCUUAUGAAUUCUCAAAUAAAAACUGACAAAAGACUUCUUGUCUUGUCACAAGAAUCAACUUCAUCAUCUUUAUCUAAUAAUUCAACUGACACCUGUAAUCGGAGAAAGACAAGAGGUCGUCCUUUAAAAAAGAAAUCUAUCAGGAAAACAGCUGAGAGGGAAAACAGUAGUGCUAUUUUACCUUCCAAAGAAGUGGAUCCAACACUCCACCUCAUGAAAAAUAAAUUCUCACAGGACAUUGUUGAUAUAUCUGGGAGCCAAGAACUUUUUGACCAUGACGAACAUUCUGAAGAUCAUUGCCUUUCUGAAAAUAAGUCAUCAAGGGGAGAUAAAUGUGACAAAAACUUUGACAGUCAAAUUACUGGUCUAGACAAUAUAUGCACUGAACCUUCUAAAAGCAACCCCUUAGUUUAUGAAAGUCAGGAAUUAUCUACCUUGAAACUAUUACAAGAAAGUUUUAUUGAAAAGAAGGAAUAUUCUACAAGGAGGAGGUCAUCCAUGGGAAGUCCUUUUAUGAUUUCUUCUCUCUUUCAGUAUAUCAUUGAUGAAUCAAAAAGAAAUAUUAAGGAAUUUAAGGAGUUUGAUUUGCCUGUCUCAAAGUUUGGGAAACUAUUAAAAAGAAAUCAAGAAAAUAUUGACCAUCAUGAUAGUGAAGAAGCAAAAGCUUUAAUAAACAUCUGUGAUGAAACAGUAGAUAAUAGUGAAGUUGAAGAUGUAAAUAAAGUUGUGGAUCACAAACAAAAAGAUGCAAAUAACAUUAAGGACAUGAAAAAUGAUAUCAGCAUGUGUAAAGAGGCAUCUAAAUUGAUUAAAAAAGCCACAAACAAGGAUAAAAAUCCAGAUUCCUCAGAAAUUGUUGAUAAAAAAAUUAUACCACAAAAGAAGGAAUUGAAUUUGAAUCAGUUUUCAUGUGAUUCUCAAGAAUUUGAUUCACAAACCCCAUUAAAACAUUUUGAACUGCCAAAAAUCUGUCAAGGUACAAAUGAAGAUUCACAAGAUGAACUAUUUAUACCCAAAUUUACAUCAUCCCAGUCUUUAUUUACACCAAAUCCUAAAGAAGUAGACAGAAUGAAUUCAUUGGAAUGCAACCAGGAAGUAAUAUAUGAAAAUAGUCAAACUGAUUCUAUGGAUUCACAGCUAGAUAGUAUUUGUAUGUUAGAAACUGAUCAGCAAAAUUCCUUACAGCUACCAGAAGAUGAAUCAUUGAUAUCAUUAUGUACCUGUAGUAUGAAGUUUAGAAAAAAGGAAGUACCUGUGAUUGGUUGUUUGAAAAAGAAAUCUUUAUCACUAUGGAGAUACAAAAUGGGGUUUUCUCCUCUACAUACAUGGCAAUUUACAGAGAAUCAGACAGCAGAGAAAGUAUGUUCCUUUUCUAUGGAAGGGAGAUCACUCUUCAUCAUCACUGUCAGAAGGGGAGAUAACUCUGUAGAUGUGUUCAUAGCUCACUACAGUAGCAAAAGAGAUAAUUGUUUAUUUAGAGUCACAAACGUAAAAGCAGACAUCGUUGAAGCCUGCCAUGUAAGUAGCAGAGUAAUUAUGGUUGGUUACAGUAAAGAUAAGAUGAUUCAUGUGACAAAAUAUGUUCUACACAAUAACCUGAAGAGUCUGGCCAACAGUGAAAACCUAGAGAGGACCGAAGGAUGUCUGCAGUCAUUGUACUCAAUAGACAAUCUACCUGCUGCUGUCUCAGGGUGCUCCAGUAAUGGAGAGUUUUGUCUCUGGAAUCAUGAAAACAAGAGACUGUUAUUAAAGAUAAAAUUAGACUGUUUAAACAAUGUUCCAAAAUUAGUAGGUGUGGCUUGGGAAGAGGGAUUUUUCUUCCUACAGUUUUUUAACUUGAAUGACCAAGGUGGACAACAAGUGAUAAUAAACCCACUGACAAUGAAAUCAUGUGUUGGAAGCCAUUUUGAAUCAAGAAGCUGGUCAGGGUAUAGAAGUCACCACACAUCAACCAAUGUUAUAAUCACACUGGACAGAAACCAGAUCUUGAAUGUUUGGGACAGAUAUUCCAUGGACCUCUUACAUGAAUCAAAACAAACUCAUGCCACAUGUGUGGCACAUAUUGAUGGAUGUGUGGCUACUGGUAGUGAUCAUUGUGUUCAUAUACAUUGAUAUGAGAUAUAUAUAAAAAAUUAU